ACCACCCAGGUGUUAUAAAAUACUGGACAUACUAGUGUAAAAAAGCCACUGUAGUCGCCAGACAUGUCUCCCAUAUUACGGUUGCCGUUCAGCGCACUCUUGCUAUUAUCAUGCGCACUCAAUGCCGCUGCACACGGUAGUCACGAGCACGCGCAAGUUGAAGUCGCACCCGAUGCAGAUUGGGCGACGCGACACAUGGCUGAGGAACACCACAUCUCAGGCUUCGACGCCACCACGUUUUUCAACCUCCACGACUACGAGGGUACCGGGCUGUGGACAGCUGCAGACAUCCGCCGAACAUACGGUCUCGAAGACGUCUCUAGUGCCUCUAUUCCCGAGUCUAGGAAAGAGUCCGUUGUCCAUACCAUUCUGGACAUGUUCGAUAUUGACAAAGACGGCGCCAUCACCCGCGCCGAGUUUCUUCGUAGAGAUUCCGAGGGCGUCAAGUUACCAGACUUCGGCUUGGGCCCAGGACACCACGGAGACGAUGAGUACGAGUAUGAAAUUCAUCAUUGGGAGAAGUACCAUAGCGGGGACGACGUCAAGGAGGAGGAUUUGAAUCACCCAGAGGAUAUCGCGCAUUUCAAAAUGCAUGAAGAGAAGGAGGCCAGGCAGGAGGACUGGGAAAGGUUGGAGCUUAGGGGGGUGGUGGAGAAGAACAUCCCAGUCAAGUAUAGGAAGACUUGACGACGAGGUAGAAUAUAGAGCCUUGGGCAGAAAUUCUAGCUCAACUACG